AUGUCUUCCCAUGGUGCCUUUACAUCAGUCUCGGCGAGACGCACUUUUGCCAGGCCAACACCAGCACCAUCCACAACACCAUCACCUCCACCGUCAGCUGCAGAGAAGGCAAAACGAGACUGGCCUGAGUCUGUGCGUCAUUAUGUGCAGAGAGCAUUCGCUACGGAGAACACUAUAGCCAGUAUACCCCGACAAGAGAUGGAAAUCAAAUUAAAGAAAAUCAUCUCAAACUCAGCGGAAAAUAACACUCUAGGCACAAUCGAUUGGGCGAAGCUGCCACUGCCCCAGCAAAUGAUCUUGGAGGAACGUGCAAGACCAGCUCUUUUGUCUGCGAAUCCACCGUGGGGGAACGGUCUCGAGCCUCUGAGCCUGCAAGAAACUAAUGUGAAAAGCACUGAUACAUUGUCAAAGAAGAGAAAGUCUUCCGAAUUGGAUCUAUCCCAGAAUGGCCAGGAGAAAGUACCACCAUGGCGGAUCGCUAAUCCGCGCAACGUAUUCGAGGACCGAAUCACCCACCCGGACAAACGCCAGCGUAAUGAUGUAGCUGGAAAAGGAUCAAGUAAGUCCCAUCACAAUCUGGCCAACCGGAAGAAACGCUUCGAGGAUGGCCAACCUGGAUACCUUUCCCAACAGCCGUUUUCUCCAAGCAAGGCCAGUAUUCCACCUGAUGUAGACCAAGGUCCCGUUAUCGGUCGGUCUCAGGAUCUUGAGAAAAGAUAUUUCCGUCUCACGUCUGCUCCAAACCCUGAUACUGUCCGUCCACUGCCUGUGCUCGAGAAGACCCUUGAGUUUCUUAAGAGGAAGUGGAAGAAGGAGAACAACUACUCCUACAUAUGUGAUCAGUUCAAAUCUCUGCGCCAAGAUUUGACAGUCCAGCAUAUCAAGACGGAAUUUACAGUCAGUGUUUACGAGAUACAUGCCAGGAUCGCGCUGGAAAAGGGAGAUCUGGGUGAGUAUAAUCAGUGCCAGACGCAAUUGCGCGCACUGUAUUCGCAACAUCUUGGAGGACAUCCCGAGGAGUUCAAGGCUUAUCGUAUUCUUUAUUUCAUUCAUACCUCAAAUCGGACCGACAUGAACGACGUGUUGGCAGAUCUAACACCCACAGAGAAGAGAGAUCCAGCAGUAAAGCAUGCACUAGACGCCCGCUCCGCGCUUGCUUUAGGAAAUUACCAUCGCUUUUUCCAGUUAUAUUUGGACACCCCAAAUAUGGGCGCAUAUCUCUUGGAUAUGUUUGUGGCUCGUGAACGUCUGAAUGCAUUGUCAAAUAUAUGCAUAUCGUACAAGCCCGACGUCAGGUUGCGCUUCUUCACUGAGGAACUCGGCUUCGAGUCUGACGAUGAGAGCGCAAGAUUCAUAUGUGAUCAAGGCGGUCAAUCAUUCCUUGAGGAACGCGACGGUGAAGUGAGGCUCCUCACUGGCAAGGCUUUGAGAUUCUUCGAGACUGCCAGGAACGCUGCUUUUAAGAAAGUGGACAUUAAGGGCCAGAUAUGA